CAGCAUUUAUUUCGCCAUAAAAGGAAAACAGACAAGAAGAAAAGAGGAUUUAAACGUACACUUCUUUUGAAGCUCCACACAAUUGGCAUCGCAAAAGAUAUUACUACUAUAUAUAAUAUAUAGGCAAGCAUGGAGUUUCUCAUUGCCUGUGGUACUGCGAUUGCUGCGAAAAUAGCGGAGUAUACAGUUGCACCGGUUGAUUGUCAUCCAGGUUAUACCUUCCACUGCAGAUGCAAUGUACGUGACCUGAAAACUGAAACCGAGGAUCUGAAGGUUAAGAAGAAAAUAGUGGAGGAUUUGGCCGAUGAAGCUAAAAGAUGAGGAGAAAUUAUCCAUAAUGAUGUCGAAGACUGCCUAACCGAAGUGGUUGAGAACCCAAGAAGCACAAAAUCUUAUCGACGACACAAACAUCAAGUGUAGUUUGAAAGGGUGCUUUUCUUAUUUGGUGGCGCGCUAUCGACUAAGCGAGAGAGCAAAAGAGAUGAGGGAGUCUGUUUUGAAAUCAAGGGAAAGAUCAGGUUUGAUAACAUUUCUUUCCGUCCCAAACUCAAAAACAUUUUUGAAAAUAAAGAUUACCUAAACUCUGCCACAAGACCGAAAUUUGUGGAUGGAAUUAGGAAGGUGCUGGAAGAAAGAAAUAUCAGAACUAUUGGGAUUCAUGGCAUGCCUGGUGCAGGUAAAACUACACUUGUCAAAGAAAUUGCUCGAAAGGCCACAUCAGAUGAUUGGAAUUUAUUUGAUGAUGCAGUUAUUGUUACUGUAUCAGAAACUCCAAACAUUAUAAAGAUUCAAUAGCAAAUGGCAGAUAGGCUGGGUCUAAAGUUCGAUGGGGUGAUGGAAUUUGAAAGAGCUCUUGAGCUCCGAAAUCGAAUGAAGAAUGAAAAGAGGUUCCUCAUAAUUUUAGAUGAUAUUUGGAAUGAUAAGCUGAAGCUUGAGGAUGUUGGAAUAGUUUUUGAAAGUGAUCAAAAGAGAUGUAAGAUAUUAAUGACUUCUAGAUUUGAGAGAGUACUGGGUAAUAAUAUGGGUGUUGAUAAGAAUUUCAAAGUUGACAUUCUUUCAGAAGAUGAAGCAAGGAAUUGGUUCGAGAGCAUAGUGGGCGAUAAGUUUGUUACAACUCCUGCAUUUGAAGAAUAUGGGAAUAAGAUCGUGAAAAAAUGUGGGCGCCUACCACUUUGCAUUGUAACCGCUGCACAUUCAUUGAAAAAUUGUGAUAAGUUGCCUUUAUGGAGAAAUACCUGGAGACAACUUCAGAGGUCUAAACAUGAUGAAGUUGUGCACACUGCUAUCAAACUAUGUUACGAUAAGUUACGGAGUGAUGAAGCAAAGCAAUUACUUUUGCUCUGUUCAUUGCAUGAAGAGGAUGUAAACAUAAGCAUGGAGAAUUUAAUGAGAUAUUGUGUGGGCCAAAUCAACAUGUUUAAAGAUGCCUAUACAUUGCAAGAGGCAAGAGAUUUGGUGUACUGUUUGGUUGAGGAACUCAAAGAUUGCUGUUUGUUGUUGGGCGGUGAUCAUUCUGAUACAGUUAAAAUGCACGACGUCGUUCGUGACGUUACCGUAUCAAUUGCGAAAGAAAGUCAUGAUACGCAUUGUUUUGGAGAUGGUAGUGAGGUAGAAAAAUUUCUCGAGGAGAAGAAAUUUGAAGACUUAAAAGCAAUCUCACUGCCUAAUGGUUAUCUGGAUGAGUUGGUUUUUGACAAGUCGGAAUAUACAAAGCUUCAGUUAAUGAUUUGUAUGAGGAAGAAAUAUAGGGAAACAAUCCCACGUGGUUUUCUUGACAGAAUAAAACUGCUUAGGGUGUUAGUUUUGUAUCCAGAGGUGUCUGCUUCACAUUUAUCAUCCUUGCAAAAUCUUUGCACCUUGUGUUUAGGUAAUUUUGAUGUGAAAGACAUAGCUGAAAUUGGAAAACUCAAGUACCUAGAAAUUCUUGACCUUUCUCGAUCUAAAGUCGAGAAAUUUCCAGGUGAGAUAGGACAACUUACUCGUCUACGCAUGUUAGAUUUGAAUGGUUGUCAAGAUCUUCAAGUGAUUGAACCCAAUGUCAUACUACAUUUGAAACGUUUAGAAGAGUUGUACGUGGAUUGGUUUGUGAACUGGCAUAGUGUUGAUCACGUAGACAGUAAUGGGGAGAAAAGUAAUGCAGGUCUUGAUGAGCUAAAACAUUUGGAUCAUCUGACUGCUUUACAUUUAUGUUUUAAAGAGGGAACAUUUCCAACGGAGUAA